AUGACGAUCCCGAGCGUGGAGGGGUUCCUCCAGGCGUCGAGCUGCCUCCCGUGCACGGCGACUGAGGAGCGGGAGAUCGUUGACGCACUCACCAGGGAGGCCGAGAAGAAUGUCAAGCACGGGGAUCUCCGCUAUCUCGUCUCGCAGAGCUGGUGGAUGGAGUGGCAAGGUUAUGUGGGCUUAGUCAGUUAUGGAGAGAAUGGCACCGAGCAGUUUCCUCAGGCUACGAAUAGACCUGGAGAGAUUGAUAACUCGAAGCUUGUUUUGGCAGAAAUGAUCAAUGGUAGUGAAGAGCCAGAGCUUCAAAGGACCUUGAGAGAAGGGGAGCACUAUACUUUGGUGCCGCAAGAAGUUUGGCAAAGGCUAUAUGAAUGGUAUAAAGGUGGGCCAGAAAUCCCUAGAAAAGUUAUUUUUGACAAUCCAACUGACAAGACUUACAUAGUGGAUGUCUACCCUCUCUGUCUAAAACUAAUUGAUGGAAGGGACAGUUCUGAAAAAGUUUUCAGAAUAAGUAGAAAGGCCAAAGUUCAUGAGCUUUACUCAAUGGUUUGCUCACUCAUGUCAGUAGAGCAGUCCGAGAUUGUCAUCUGGGAUUAUUACCAAAGGUCAAAGGGCAAGAAGUUGUUUAAUCAAAAUGAGACACUAGAAGAAGCUCAACUUACUAUGGACCAGGAGAUCCUCUUGGAGAUGAAGCUAGGCGAGAGCAGUUCAGGUUUCAGUACAAGAUCCACAAAUGAUGAAUUGGCAUUAAUUCCAUUAGAACCCUCCACAUCAUCAUUUUCUAUUGCUGGAGGGCCUACAUUUUCAAAUGGUUUUUCAUCUGGGAUUGGUUCUAGUUUUUCGCAAGAUAAUAGCUUCAGUCCUUUAUUAAGGGAUAGUGAAGAUGGUUACAAUAGUCUCAGCAAUGGAACUAAAGAUGGCACUCAUGGAUUUAGUGGAUUACAUAACUUGGGUAAUACUUGCUUCAUGAAUAGUGCCAUACAAUCCUUGGUUCAUACACCUCCACUGGUACAGUACUUUUUGGAGGACUAUACUUGUGAAAUAAACACGGAAAAUCCACUAGGCCUCCAGGGUGAACUUGCGAUAGCAUUUGGAGAGCUACUUAGAAAACUCUGGUCAUCUGGUCAAACUUCUAUUGCUCCACGUGCAUUUAAAUCAAAACUUUCUCGUUUUGCUCCACAGUUCAGUGGAUAUAAUCAGCAUGAUUCUCAGGAGCUACUUGCGUUCCUGUUGGAUGGUCUGCAUGAAGAUCUGAACCGUGUAAAAAAGAAACCAUAUAUUGAGGCAAAGGAUGCUGAUGGCCGUCCAGAUGAUGAAUUUGCUGAAGAAUGCUGGAAUUACCAUAAAGCUCGAAAUGACUCCAUAAUUGUAGAUAAGUUUCAAGGUCAAUACAAGUCCACAUUGGUGUGCCCAGUUUGUAACAAAAUCUCCGUUACCUUUGACCCAUUUAUGUAUUUGUCGCUGCCAUUGCCAUCAACAGUUACUCGGAUGAUUACUGUAACUGUAUUCAGUGGUACUGGAGAUGUUCUUCCAAUGCCUUACACUGUGACUGUACAGAAAAAUGGAAACUGCCGAGAUCUUACUAAAGCCCUUGCUGAUGUUUGCUGCUUAAAAGAUUCUGAGACAUUGUUGCUUGCAGAGGUAUAUGAGCGUCGGAUCUACCGUUACCUAACAAAUCCAAUUGAGGGACUUCAUAGUAUAAAAGAUGAAGAUAUACUUGUUGCAUAUAGGCUCCCUGUUGGUCAUGAAAGACUUUUGAGGUUGGAGAUCCUGCAUCGGAGGCCAGACAGAUUUCUUGUGGAGCCUCAGUUUAAUAUCAAUAGGAAGCUCAUUGGGUGCCCCAUUGUGACUUGUAUUCCAAAUGGUUCUACUGGAAAAUCUGAUAUUUAUGCGGCUGUAUCUGCUGUUUUGGUUCCAUUUUUACGAGCAAAAGCACAUAGCCCUGAUGUGUCUGCUGUCAAGUUAAAUGGCAAUGGGCCAAGCCUGGAUGGUAUUGUACUGACGGAUAAUGGCACCACCUGUGAGGAGGGUCUCUCUACAUCAAGAUCAAGUGAGGAUGAUAAUGCAGCUGAUGAUGAGCUUUUACCGUUUCUGCUUUCAUUGACUGAUGAAAAAGGUAGUACAAGAAAUGCUAUAGACACGGAUUCUAAUCGUGUUUUAGGACUAGUUAUUAGGGUUUUGAUGGAUUGGUCUGAGAAAGAGAAUGGGAUGUACAAUAUUGAUUACAUGGAUGGACUUCCUGAAGUCUUCAAGCCUGGUUUUAUGUCAAAGAAGACCCGGCAAGAAGCAGUCAAUUUAUUUUCAUGCUUGGAUGCUUUUCUGAAGGAGGAACCCCUAGGGCCUGACGAUAUGUGGUACUGUCCUGGAUGCAAGGAACACAGGCAAGCUAGCAAGAAACUGGACUUGUGGAGGUUGCCUGAGAUAUUGGUAGUUCAUUUGAAAAGGUUCUCAUACAGCCGGUAUAUGAAGAACAAGCUUGAUACAUUUGUGAAUUUUCCAAUCCAUGACCUCAAUAUGAGCAAGUAUGUGAAGCUGACAUCAAGAAGUGACCAGCUCCCCAUGUAUGAACUCUAUGCAGUGAUAAAUCAUUAUGGCGGUCUCGGUGGUGGACACUAUUCUGCAUACGCAAAGCUAGUAGAAGAGGACAACUGGUAUCAUUUUGAUGAUAGUCAUGUUUCCUCGGUUAACGAGGAUGAGAUCAGGACAUCUGCAGCAUAUGUGCUUUUCUACCGACGAGUUGGAGGUUCAAGUACGGUGGCAAAUGGUGGUCCAGUCGACAUUGAAAUGGUUGAUUCACUAGAGACCUAG